UUUUGCCCCAAGAGCGAAGUUGGGAGCCACAAUCUUGGCCUGUAAGGCCACUUUCCAGACAUUUUUCACCGCUGGUGCGGGGACUGUCGCCACCAAUGCUGAGCGUCUAUGAUGGCGUGCUGAGACCGAUCCCGCUGGUUCGAUCGCAUCCUGCAACUGAUGAGUUUUUGUUGAGGGCGAGACUGGGGGAGCCUUCACUGGACACCAGGAAUUUAACUCACGGUAUGGAAUGCUUGGGCUCGCAGCAGCGGCGCAAGAAGAGCUGGAGUCGAGCCGUGUUCACCAGCCUGCAGAGGAAGGGUCUCGAGCUCAGCUUCAGUGACCAGAAAUACAUCACGAAGCCUGACCGCAAGCAGCUCGCUGCCUCACUCGGACUCACCGACGCUCAGGUGAAGGUCUGGUUCCAGAACCGACGCAUGAAAUGGCGUCAAGAGCAGACGCAGCCGGAGACGAGCUGCAGCGCCUGUCCUGACGACGCUCGCGACGCUGUCCCUCAAGGCGACGACGAGCACGUGUUGCAAAACUAA